AUGUGCCUGAAACAUGUCAAGAGAGGAGGCAAGGAGGGCGGAGGCUCCUUGUCUGCAGGCAAGGAGGGCGGAGGCUCCUUGUCUGCAGGCAAGGAGGGCGGAGGCUCCUUGUCCUGCAGGCAAGGAGGGCGGAGGCUCCUUGUCCUGCAGGCAAGGAGGGCGGAGGCUCCUUGUCCUCCAGGCAAGGAGGGCGGAGGCUCCUUGUCUGCAGGCAAGGAGGGCGGAGGCUCCUUGUCCUGCAGGCAAGGAGGGCGGAGGCUCCUUGUCCUCCAGGCAAGGAGGGCGGAGGCUCCUUGUCUGCAGGCAAGGAGGGCGGCGGAGGCUCCUUGUCCUGCAGGCAAGGAGGGCGGAGGCUCCUUGUCUGCAGGCAAGGAGGGCGGCGGAGGCUCCUUGUCUGCAGGCAAGGAGGGCGGCGGAGGCUCCUUGUCCUGCAG